GAGAUGACAAAGUGCCCAGGAUGCUGCGCAGGGCCCUGGCGCAGCUGUCGCUGAGCAGCAUGAAGUGUGCGGAGCUGUGUGUGGGGCGCCCGGCGCUGCUCACCUCGGCCGAGGGGCGACAGGAGGUCUGUACUGCUUGGCCUACCACAGGUUUUCCAGGUGGGAAGAUUGGGCUGAGUGAAACCACACAGAAGAACCUGAAAGUAAAUCCAGGUGAUGCUGUCACUGUGCAGCCUGUGACUGGUGCAGUCAUCCAGGCAGAGGAAGUCGAUGUGAAGUUGAGGGACAAAGAUGCCACUGUUAAUGCUGAGGAAAUGUCUGUCUGUCUGCUGAGGAACCUCGAUGGGAAAAUAGUCCUACCAGGAAACCUCUUGGCUUUCACUUUCUAUGGCAAACUUUGCAACAUCGUGGUGAUGAAAGUGAAGGGAGCUGAUGGUGCAGAGCUGACUGCCCAGGGCAGUGCCAUUCCCAGUGAUGUGCUUGAGCCAGACCUGGAGACAUCUGAUUUGGACACAAGUGCCUUAGAUUUGUCCUUCCAGCUCGGCAAGAUGGACAUUGGUGAUAGUCCAGAGGUUCCAUCUAUGAGCACACCAAGCAAACCAAUGGAUCCUGUCUCACCAGUUACACCCAGUUCUGCUGUGGCAAUCAGCCCUCAAGACUGUGGUCAGGGAGAUAAUACCUACAACAAGGGAGAUGGUGCAGACUUCACUGAUCAUUUGGAGCUGGCUGGGAAAGGCAGUGAGGGACUCCCACUGACUGGCAGAACUGGAGCAAUAAGCAACACAGACUCUUUUUAUUUCAUUUCUUCAAGAACUAAAAUCAAUUUCAUUGACCCCAGGACCAGUGUGGCAGAAGAUGAUGGCUGCAAGUCCCGAGUCACCUAUGAUAUGAUAGGAGGUUUAAGCAGCCAGCUCAGGACUAUUAGAGAAACAGUUGAACUGCCCCUGAAGCAACCUGAACUGUUCAAGAGUUACGGAAUCCCUCCUCCUCGAGGAGUGCUGUUAUAUGGCCCUCCAGGUACUGGGAAGACUAUGAUUGCCAAAGCCAUUGCAAAUGAGGUUGGUGCUCAUGUUACUGUCAUCAAUGGUCCUGAAGUAAUAAGCAAGUUUUAUGGAGAGUCUGAGUCGAGGUUACGUCAGAUAUUUGCUGAAGCUUCUCUGCGUCGUCCCUCAAUUAUAUUCAUAGAUGAGUUGGAUGCUCUGUGUCCAAAGAGAGAAGGGGCUCAGAAUGAAGUGGAGAAGAGAGUUGUUGCUUCAUUGCUGACAUUAAUGGAUGGCAUUGGCUCAGAAGGGAGUGAGGGGCAGCUCGUGGUGCUCGGGGCCACCAACCGCCCUCAGGCGCUGGACGCAGCUCUGCGCAGGCCUGGGCGCUUCGACAGAGAGAUAGAGAUCGGAAUUCCUAAUGCCCAGGACCGUCUGGACAUCCUCCAAAAGCUUCUCAAGAAAGUUCCACAUUAUCUCACAGCAGCAGAGUUGGCACAGCUGGCUGAUAGUGCACACGGUUAUGUGGGUGCAGAUUUGGCAGCUUUGUGCAAGGAGGCAGGUUUGUACGCCUUGCGGAGAGCACUGGGGAAGAGGCCUAACCUGUUAGACACCGAGGUGGCUGGGUCAGUGAUGAUUGCUUUCAAUGACUUCCUGCAGGGGAUGAAUGAUGUCAGGCCCAGUGCCAUGAGGGAGGUGGCAAUUGAUGUGCCAAAAGUAUCUUGGUCAGACAUAGGAGGACUAGAAGAUGUCAAGCUGAAAUUGAAGCAGGCAGUUGAAUGGCCUCUCAAACAUCCCGAGUCCUUCAUCCGAAUGGGGAUCCAGCCUCCAAAGGGUGUGCUGCUGUAUGGACCUCCUGGCUGCUCAAAGACCAUGAUAGCAAAAGCUUUGGCUCAUGAAAGUGGUCUCAACUUCCUGGCAGUGAAGGGGCCUGAGUUGAUGAAUAAAUAUGUUGGUGAGUCUGAACGAGCAGUGAGAGAGAUCUUCAGGAAAGCCAGAGCGGUGUCUCCUUCUAUUCUUUUCUUUGAUGAAAUAGAUGCCUUGGCAGUUGAAAGGGGAAACUCUUCAGGUGCUGGAAAUGUAGCAGACCGUGUCUUGGCUCAGCUGCUGACGGAAAUGGAUGGGAUAGAACAGCUGAAGGACGUGACAAUUUUGGCAGCUACAAACAGACCGGACAUGAUAGACAAGGCCCUGCUGAGACCAGGACGAAUAGACAGAAUCAUCUACGUGCCCUUGCCAGAUGCAGCCACUCGUGGGGAGAUCUUCAGACUUCAUUUUCAGUCCAUGCCAGUCAGUGAUGAAGUCUGCUUAGCUGAGCUCAUUGAACACACAGAGAAAUACUCAGGAGCAGAGAUAACAGCAGUGUGUAGAGAAGCAGCCCUUCUAGCCCUUCAGGAAGACAUCCAUGCCAAAUCCAUCAUGGGACGGCACUUUCGGGACGCGCUGACUGUGGUGACCCCAAGGAUUCCUGAUUCACUAAUCCAGUUUUAUGCAGAUUAUCAGCAGCAGAGUGGACUGCACACGCUUUGA